AUGAGAAAUAUUGAAGCUUCUGCAAACCGAAAACAUCUCCGUGAAGAUGAUGUUGAAAACGUACUCUAUCAACCGAACUUCACAGAAGCAAACCGCACCUGCAACAAGGAGAGAGAUAGGGCUUGUCAUGGAAGCGCUGAAAGACAGGUCACGCGAGCACGCAGCGGUACUCCAGGCGUCGAAAACGGCAGGCCGUUGGGGAGAUAUUCAAUGAUUGACGGCGGAGAAUUUAUUGCUGGUGAACCUGCAGCACAUUGUCAUGCGCUUCACGCGGGAAAGACACCGUCACGGAACCCUUACAAGGCUUACGCUCUAGUUGGGGUCGAGGACGCAAACGAUAUGGGGCGAAUCGCUCAAAUUCUCAGCAGCCGGAAAGCAGACAACCCAGCAUCAACUCAGUUCACAACAAUGAAUAUGCAUCAGAUCAUCCACACGCCGAAACCAGCAAGUCCGGCACUGAUAGCGCACUCAAUCAAACGAGGCGCGUUGAAUUUCCUCACAGCAUACGCCGCGCAGAAUCAGCGCAAGCAAAAGUACAUUCCGCUGUUAGCAAAGCAUGGCGAUGGCAAAGCCACAAUGCACAACACGAUUCGCUACAUCACCGAACACGUGCCGUUAGCGAAAGUGAUCGGAACCCAAAAGGCAACAUGA